AAACGAGGACAUUAAAACAGAAGGAAAAGAGGGACAGAGGGACUUUUGCUGCGGAGAAAUGGAGAGCCGAACUUGGGAGAAACUUGACCCACUGCUGUCCUUUCUAACGCUGCUGUGCCUUUGCCCAGGUUUUCUGACCCAGCUUCAGUUACCUGAGACGAAUGUGGUAGUAAUGCAGGGGCAGCCAGUAACCCUUCAGGCUUCAUACACAGGAGGUGAUCUUAGUCAAGCCACCAUCGUCUGGAACUACGUGUCUACUCCACCUGAAAUGGUCAUUUCAUACACCAAUGGGCCUGUCAUCGGCGAAAAGUAUAAAGGCAGAGUGGGGUUCCUGUAUCAAAUGCCCAGUAACAAUUUGUCAAUCUUAUUAAAUAACACAACUGAGUCGGAUUCCGGGCGAUAUAUGUGCCAGGUUUUACUUCAGGGGACUCCUGGAGGACCAAAGGAGCUGGCACUUAAUGUGCUAGUUCCUCCCACGACGCCUGUUUGUAAGCUUGAAGGAAAGCCAGAAGUUAAAGCUAAUGUCACACUUACCUGCCUGUCCAGUUAUGGCAAACCUGUACCCACAUACAAAUGGGCCAAAACCAGUCCAAACUCUCUGUAUUAUCACUACCCAGAUCUCAAUGAAGUUACAGGCACCCUGAAGCUGAAUAACCUCAGUAGCAACAUGUCGGGAAAGUAUGAGUGCACAGCUUCGAACUCUGCCGGAGUGGCCAAGUGUUACAUCAACUUGGAAGUCAUCACCUUGAAUAAAGCUGGGGUGAUAGCUGGUGCCACAGUGGGUGCACUGGUGGGGCUCAUCCUCAUUAUCAUCGUCCUCGUUUUUUUGUGGACAAGGAGAAGAAAGGACACGGAGGAAGAUCUGGCUAAUGAUAUAAAAGAGGAUGCUCAGGCCCCUAAACGUGUCUCAUGGGCUAAGAGUGGCACAGGCUCCGACAUCAUCUCUAAAAAUGGCACGCUGUCAUCCCUCCGCUCCAGCCCUCUGCCUCAAGACACACUUGACCACAAGCACCAACACCAUUACCCCAUCACACAAACCACCUCUGACACAGCCUCCAUCAUCACAAGCAGCACAAGCUACAGACCCAGACCCACAGGCCUCUCCAGCACUCCAGAAAAAGCUCUGCCCGGCUACAACAGCAAUGCCAUGGCACCACGCAAUCCCCCAGCAUCCACCAGUUCCAACGGAGGCUCCUUACCCAGGACAGAAGCUCUUCAGCCUCCAACCACACGCUAUGUUCCCGCCCCGAGCGGAGUGAGUGCCGCAAAUCUUUCUCGCAUGGGAGGCGUGCCCAUUAUGGUUCCUGCACAAAAUCAAGCCGGUUCUCUUGUCUAGGCCUGUAGUGGUUUCACUGUUUAGAGCGCCAUCUGCUGGAACUUACACUGGAAAUGACUUAAAGUUGAGCUGGAUUUAUAAAAAGGAAGAGCUUUUCACUGACUUUUGAAAAUAUGUAGUAUAAAAUAUGCUUAUUUACAAAAUUGACUUUUUUAUGUUUUAUAUAUAGCUAUAAAAGCAUUGCUCAGUUCUAUUGUUCUGUCUAUCUUUUUUUUCUUACAGUUUCAGGAAAGUUACAGAAAGCCUGCUCUUGUGUGAAUUGACUGUUACUGUUAGCUAGAACGAAAUUUUUUAAUUUACGUCUUCAAUAUUAAAAAAUAUCUAGAUAGAAAGGUAGGUAUAGUUCACAUUAUUUAAUUUUUUAUGUAAAAGCUUUUAUAUUAACCUUAUUCCUUACUUAUACAUUACCAGGAAAAAACUGAGAAAAAAUAAAAAUAACUGAAUUGGA